AUGGAAACCCUUGAUCCUUCUGCUUUGACGGAUGUCCCCUCCGCGGUCUCCUUCAACUGUAAACCUGAGACAGUGACUUUACCAGGUGGCGUUGUGUCGGUGGCAGGCGUAACCGUGGUGACCGGGGGCGUCGAGCUGUCCUGUGGAUCCUGCAUACUGGCCUUUGGCUUUUGGGGAACCCUCAUUGGCCUCAGCUGUGUGGCUGUGGGGUUGUGGGACCAACUGACCCAUCUUAGGGAGGGAACCUCUCACUUGCUGGGACUUGGGUUCGUGAUUCUGGCUCUCAGUUUUGUGGUGACGGCCGGGGUGGCAGCCUUUUACCUCCUGACCAAGAAGAAGAGAGAGUUGACCCGAGAGGAGAGAGAGGAUGGAAAACAAGUUCUUGUAGAGAGUGGGACGGGACAUAGUCACGAAGGAUGGGCUCUGGCACACCUCCAGAUGUCAUCUAAACUCAGGACUACAGAAAUGGCUGGCUAA